AUGAGGCUGUUCCUGACUUCGCGACAGCGUUCUCGCCUCAUCAACUGGAUAAUUUUUUGCGUUGCUGUGUUUCUGUUCAUCACAUGGAAUCGUGAAGGUGCUAAGCUGUACAAGACAAACCACGUUGGUAGGACGCAUUUAAUCCCCAACUACACAAUACGUCGAUUUGGACCUGGUGAAAAUGGGGAAGGUGUUUAUCUGGAAGGGGAAGAGAAGAGAACUGGUGAGGAACAAGUGAAGAAGUACUUUAUGAACGUCUUGGCAAGUGAUAAAAUAUCACUGGAUCGAAGUAUCCCGGACUCAAGAUCGCGUGCAUGUUUAGCGCUAUCCUAUCCCAAGAGCCUACCAACUGCAUCGGUUGUCAUUAUAUUCACGGAUGAAUUCUUGUCUGCAUUACUUCGUACAGUACAUUCAGUGGUUAACCGAACGCCGCCACAUUUGCUCAAGGAAAUAAUUCUUGUGGAUGAUGACAGCAAUAGAGUUGAACUUAAAGAAGCCCUGGAUAAUCACCUGAAACGGUUCGGCUCUCUAGUGACAUUAAUCCGAUCCACAGAGAGACUUGGUCUCAUCAGAGCAAAAUUGCGAGGAGCCAGAGAAGCAACUGGUGACGUUUUGGUGUUUCUCGAUUCUCACUGCGAGGCAAAUGCUGGCUGGUGA